CCCGAAAAUGGACAGCUCAAACAACCGACUCUUCCGCUUCUCCAAGCCAGAGUGGCUGAAUAACUCGAGCGUCCGCAAUGGCGGCGUCUACGUCGCAGGCGCCCUGUUCGCAGCAGGCUUCUUCUUCCUAAUCGACGUCGCCUCAUUCUCGCGCAGCCCGCGCAACGGCUCAGACGUGCAUAUCAAAUUCGUCGACUGGAUCCCCGGUAUCUGCUCCGCGUUGGGAAUGCUGGUUAUCAACUCGAUUGAGAAGAGUCGGCUGCAGGCUGAUAGCUUUAGUUACAGCGGGAGUGGGGUUGCGUGGAAGGCGAGAUUCGUGCUGUUUUUGGGCUUUGCCUUGCUUGCUGGUGGAUUGGCUGGGAGUGUGACGGUUAUGGUGCUCAAGUACCUCAUCAAGGAUUAUCCUAUCCAGACUCUUUACUUUGGAAUUGCGAAUAUUGUGGCGAAUGGUCUUGUCAUGCUCAGCUCGAUCGUCCUCUGGGUCUCUCAGAAUAUCGAAGAUGACUACACCUACAAUCUGGCCCUGUGA